UUGAACAUCUGCGCCGAGACAGCCACACGUGUUGUUUUCAUGGACGUUUGAGUGCUUUGAGUCCCGAGUGUGAUAGUUCUGAGUUAAAGUGUAAAACGCAGCGACAAAAAUGGGGAAGAAACUCAAAGUCGGAAAGACCAGAAAAGAUAAAUUCUACCAUCUGGCUAAAGAAACAGGUUAUCGCUCUCGUUCCUCCUUCAAACUCAUCCAGCUCAAUCGUAAAUUUCAGUUUCUACAGAAAGCCAGAGCUCUGGUCGACCUGUGUGCUGCUCCUGGUGGAUGGUUGCAGGUGGCAUCCAAGUUUAUGCCUGUAUCAAGUCUCAUUAUUGGUGUUGACCUGGUGCCCAUCAAGCCCAUCCCCAACGUGGUGGCCCUGCAAGAGGACAUCACCACUGACAAAUGCAGACAGGCUUUACGAAAGGAACUGCAGACUUGGAAGGUUGAUGUUGUGUUAAAUGAUGGAGCCCCGAAUGUGGGAGCCAACUGGCAAUAUGAUGCUUUCUCACAAGCUCAUUUGACCCUCAUGGCCCUGAAGUUGGCCUGUGAGUUUCUGACCAAAGGUGGCACUUUCGUCACCAAGGUCUUCCGCUCCAAAGACUACCAGCCACUGCUCUGGAUCUUCCAGCAGUUCUUCAAGAAGGUGCAGGCCACCAAGCCGCAGGCGUCUAGGAACGAGUCUGCUGAGAUCUUUGUCAUCUGUCAGGGGUUUGUUGCGCCAGACAAAAUUGACAGUAAGUUCUUUGACCCCAAACAUGCGUUCAAAGAGGUGGAGGUGCAGGCCAAAACUGUGAGGGAUCUGAUUCCCGUCAAGAAGGCAAAGGCAGAGGGAUACACAGAUGGUGAUCUGACACUCUACCACAGUUUCACAGUGACAGCCUUUCUGAAAGCCGACAACCCUGUUGACUUCCUGAGCAAAGCCAGUGAGAUCGCCUUUGACAACACAGACCUGGAGUCUCACUCGGCCACCACUAACGAGAUAAAAGAGUGUUGUCGUGACAUCAAAGUGUUGGGCCGCAAAGAGCUCCGCCUGCUGCUGAACUGGAGGUCCAAGAUGAGGAGAUUCCUGGCCAUAAAACUGAAGGUGGAGGCCAAACAGCUUGACCAGGAGAUCAACUUAUGUUCUGAUGAAGAAGAGGGUGAUUCAGAGGAAGAACCAGACAAGACGAAAGAGGAGGAGGAGAAGGAAGAAGAAGAAGAGGAGGCAGAAAUGGAGAAGAAACUGGCCGAACUUAAAGCUGAGGAGGUGGCUGAGCUCAAACGGAGGAAGAAAAAGUUGCUGAAGGAGCGGAGGAAGCAGAGGGAGAGGGUGGAGCUGAAGAUGGACCUGCCUGGCGUCUCCAUUGCAGAUACCAGUGACUCAUCCAUGUUCUCCCUCAGCACCAUCAACAAGCAAAAGGUGCUGGCUGUAAUAUCCAAGGGGGACAUGCAGGCUGCAGACGCCCUGGUAGAAGGAGAUGACGACCUCCACCUGUCUGAGGAAGAGGAUGACGAGGCGGAUAAAAUGUCCCUGGCCUCUGAUUUAGAUGACGAGGACUUGGAAGAGGUGGAGCAGAGACAGACAGAGCUGGAGAGGAAAGCACCAAAGAAGAAAGUAAAGUUCACUGAAGAAGAGGAGGAGGAGGAGGAUGAAGGGCAGGGAAGUGGUCUGCUGGUGGAACUAGAGGGAAAGGAUGAGAAGAAAGAACGAGAGACCAACCUGUGGUUCAGCAAGGGCAUCUUCUCUGAGAUUGACCUGGAGGGAGACGCAGAGAGCGAGCUCCAACAGACUGAGUGGCUUCAGACCAAACGAACAGAGAGAGGCAAAAAGAGUAAAGCUGAAGAAGUGGUGGUGGAGGUGGAGCAGGAGGAGGAGGAGAAGGCUGCUCUGCCAGAGGAGGAAAAGGCGGGUCCUUCACAGGAAGCUGAAGAGGAGAGUGACAGCGACUCAGAUGACAGCGACGAUGAGAAGGAGAUUACAAGGAUGAAGCAGGCCAAGGGGGCUGGUGGGAUGUCAGGAGAGGCUGUUGAUGAUGACUUGCAGGUUGUUCCUGUAGAAAGCACCAGUAAGAAAGCCAGGAUCCUGGAUGCAGAGGGCCUGGCCCUGGGCUGCCAGAUCGCUACAUCUAAGAAGAGAGCCAGGGACCUGAUGGACAGCUCCUUCCACAGGUUUGCUAGCUCAGAGGAACAGUGGGAGGUACCGGAGUGGUUCCUGGACGAUGAAAGGAAACACCGGAAGAAGCCGGUGCCGCUCACCAAGGAGAUGGUGGAGGAGUACAAACAAAAAUGGAAGGAGAUCGAUGCCCGACCCAUCAAACGAGUUGCUGAGGCCAAGGCCAGGAAGAAGAGGAGGAUGCUGAAGAAGAUGGAGCAGGCCAAGAAGAAAGCAGAGGCAGUUGUCAACACAGUGGACAUCUCUGAGAGGGAGAAGAUGGCUCAGCUGAAGAGUAUCUACAAGAAAGCAGGCCUGGGGAAGGAGAAGAGAGAAGUAACAUACCUUGUGACCAAAAAGGGAGCUGGCAAGAAGGUGAGACGGCCCCCCGGUGUCAAGGGAGCCUUCAAAGUGGUGGACAGUCGCAUGAAGAAAGACAUGCGGGGAAUGCAGAGGAAAGAACAACACGCUAAAGGUGGCAAAGGAAAAGGUGGCAAAGGAAAAGGUGGCAAAGGAAAAGGUGGCAAAGGAGGGGUGAAGAGUGGUAAAGGGCGAAAAGGAAGAUAGAUUUGAACCUGUCGCGCUCAUAGUCCCUCCUUUCUAACUAUUAAACAUUGCCUGGUCUCGUGUUGCAGGUGAGCAUUUAUGGAGCUUUGUGAGCUAAGAUGCCUGCCACAGUUUGGGCUCCUGUAUCAUGUACAGAGGCCAAAGUGAAUGUGGUCAUUCACAUGGUUGCCAUCUUUUUAGCAACCUUUGCUGAGGUCCCUAACACCUCCUUCUCCUGGACACCUGAGAUAUGUUCUGGGGGUAUUUAAAUGCUGGUGUUCUGUGCACGUCUUCCUGAAGAUGUAGAUUAUUUGCCAUGAACUCUGUAAAUUGCAGUAAAUCAAAUUAAACAUAAUAACAAUAAAUGUGUUCUCCAGAAAUGUUGGUAUUAAUAUUGUAAAUAUUAUAUACACAUCUUUGCAAUAAAUGUUUUGUUGAAAUGA